GAGAGAGAGAGAGAGAGGAGACGAAGACUGCUGCUUCCUCCAGCUUCCAUCGUCGUCUUCUCCUUAAGGGAAUAGCUUUCAUUUCGCAUUACUCAAACCCUAACCCUAAUCUUCUCACCUCUAACUCGUUUUGAUUAGACUCAGCUCAUCGACUGUUUAACAAACCCUAAUUUUUUGACCCCCCCCUGAUCAUGGCCUCCGCCGCUACCAAUAACUCCACCUCUUCUCCUUCUCUGUCUCCUCGUCACGUGAGCGAUUAUCCUCGUCACGUGAGCGAGUCUACUCGUCACGUGAGCAGCCCUACUGCUGCACAAUCACGCCGUCAGGUUUCUUCUCCCUGGACUCAAAUCGUCCGCGGCGAAUCAGAGCCGCCGCCGACGAUCGCCGCUGCCGCUACUUCUAAGCCCCCGAUCGAGCCGAUUGCUUCCGCUGCUCCGCCUGCUGCUCUUUUGACGGUGGAGGCGGCGGCUGGGGAAGAUAAAUCGGAGGGAAAUGCCGGGAAGAAACCAGCUUGGAGUCGGCCGUCUAAUGGGGCUUCUGAGAUCGGACCUGUCAUGGGAGCUUCGUCGUGGCCUGCUCUUUCCGAGGCUACCAAAGCUCCUUCGAACAAGCCUUCCUCUGAUUCGAGUAUCGGCGAUGUGCCCUCGUCCGUUUCUCAGGGAGCUGCAAGUGCUUCUGUUCCUGCACCAAAGCAAGCCGGCCGUGCGAACAACCCUAAUCCAACACCAAACCACUCGCGCCAGAGAUCAUUUAAACGGAAUGGCGCCUCUGGGUCCACUGCUAAUGGUACUGCUUCUCAGCCAUCAGCGCAGGGUUCACUUGUUGAAGGCACCUCGCACAACCCUUCUCCUAGAGGCCAAAACCAGAAGAAUGGCUUUGCAUCACAACCUCAUGGUGGUGCUGACAACCAACGAGAUUCGCACAGGAACCAAAACGGUAAUCAUCAUCACCAGAAUCAUGGUGGCAGGCGCAAUCAGGAGCACGGGAAUCAGAAUUGGAAUUUCCACAGAAGCUUUAAUGGGAGAGAUGGAAAUGCACAGUCACCAAGAGGUGCUCCAGCGUUUGUAAGAUAUGCACCACCGCCACCACCACCACCUGUGCAGGCAAUUCCUCCUCAGUUUAUGGCAGCUCAGUCUUUUGGCAGUCCUGUACCAUACCCUCCUGAAUUGGCACCACCGUUUUAUCCAGGCAUGCCUUUCGUCGCUCCUCUCUCACCUGGUCCAGUCUUCUACCAUGUCCAAGAUCCUCCUUUAAACAUAAAACUACAGAAUCAAAUACAUUAUUAUUUUAGUGAAGAGAAUUUGAUUAAAGACACCUAUCUCCGUGACCAAAUGGAUGAUCAAGGUUUUGCCCCGCUACAUGUGAUUGCUGGUUUCAGAAAGGUUGCAGAACUUACAGAUAGCAUCCAGGAAAUAGUGGAGGCUCUACAAGGUUCACCUUUUGUUGAAGUGCAGGGUGACGGAAUAAGGAAGCGCCACAAUUGGCAACUUUGGUUGAUUCCAAGCCCUCAAUCUGUUGAUGCAGUAGCAAGCCGAGUUGGAAAUUUAUCGAUUGGUCAGAGCUCAGCAGAGCCAAUUGGUGGUUCAGGUAGUCAGCUGCAACCUCCGGAAGCAGAAAACAAAGCUGUUGCAGAUGGUCAGCCACAGUCUUCUGGUGCUGAUCCAGUGAGCAACAGGAAUGGCUCGGGUGGUGCAAACCGUUGAACCAUCACCAUGUUUGGAGCUGUUGGUUAGUGUUGGAGAUGAAGUAUAUUAUUUUGUCCUGCCCAAAAAUCAGGAAAAAAACAAUAAUUGAAGAGGAAUCCAAAAAAAGGUAAAGGUAAGGCAUAAAUCCAAAAAGAGAAAAGAGACUCAUAUAAAAAAAAACAGAGAAAGGAUCAAACAUUUGUGAUUCUUCUAGCUAGCGGAAACUUUUGCAUGUUUUAUGUUUUUUGGUUUUGGUUUUUAACUUUUUUUGGAUGUUGCUAAUAACUUUCUUUAAGUUUAUGCUACUUUGUUACUUACAAUGGGCAUUGACGCUUGCUUGUAACCAUUGUUAUGUUAUGGGAUUAUCGAUUGUUGUUUGCA